AUGAAUCGGCAAUGGAUGUAUGUUGACCGACGCUUUGACGAGUUCACUUCGGGCCUGGAGAAUUUCAUCGCCGUGGCUGAGGCAAACAAACAUGGUGGCUUUAUGUAUUGUCCAUGUGUUGACUGUAAGAAUAUCGUAAAUUACGCUCACUCGAGUACCAUUCACGGCCACCUUCUGCGGGUAGGUUUCAUGCCCAGCUACUAUUGUUGGACCAAGCACGGAGAAAAAGGGGUUAUGAUGGAAGUCAAUGAAGAAGAGGAAGAGGAAGAUGACAGCUAUCCCAUGUUCCCUGAAUACGGUGAUGCUGCAGACAAUGAAGACAAUGAAGCAGAAGAUCAAGAGGCACCAGAUGAGCCUGUUGAUGAUGAUCUUGGUCGGGCCAUUGCUGAUGCAAGGAUAGAAUUUGAAACUGAAAAGGAAAGGUUGGCCUUUGACCAGAUGAUAGAGGAUCACAACAAAUUGUUAUACCCAACUUGCGAAGAUGGCCAUAAAAAGUUAAGUACCACACUGGAGUUGUUGCAAUGGAAGGCAGAGAACGGUGUCACUGACUCAGGAUUUGGAAAGUUGCUGGCAAUAAUGAAGAGGAAGCUUCCAAGGGGUAACGAAUUGCCCGCCAGUACGUACGAAGCGAAGAAGGUUGUCUGCCCUCUAGGAUUAGAUGUGCAAAAGAUACAUGCAUGCAUUAAUGACUGCAUCCUCUACCGCGGUGAGUACGAGAAUUUGGAUGCAUGCCCGGUGUGCACUGCAUUGCGGUAUAAGAUCAGACGAGAUGACCCGGGUGAUGUUGAGGGCGAGCGUCCCAGGAAGAGGGUUCCUGCCAAGGUUAUGUGGUAUGCUCCAAUAAUACCACGGCUGAAACGCUUGUUCAGAAAUAAAGAGCACGCUAGGUUGUUGCGAUGGCACAAAGAAGACCGUAAGAAAGACGAGAUGUUGAGACACCCUGCUGAUGGGUCUCAGUGGAGAAAAAUCGAUAGACAUUUCCCGUACUUCGCAGAGGAUGCAAGGAACUUAAGGUUUGGUGAUUAUUUGGAUAAAUGUAAGAAGGUUGUGUACCUGGGGCAUCGUCGAUUUCUGCGUCUUACCCAUCCCGUAAGAAAGAAAGGCAAGCAUUACAAGGGUGAGGCAGAUCACCGGAGGAAGCCUGCCAACCGUAAUGGUGCUGAUAUAUUAGGUAUGGUCAAGGAUGUAGAUGUAAUAUUUGGAAAGGGUCCUGGCGGACGGUCUGUUCCUAACGGCGCUGAUAAACGCGUACCCAUGUGGAAGAAGAAAUCUAUAUUUUGGGAUCUACCCUAUUGGAAAGUAUUAGAGGUCCGCUCUUCAAUCGAUGUGAUGCACGUGACGAAGAAUCUUUGCGUGAACCUGCUAGGCUUCCUAGGCGUGUACGGGAAGUCAAAAGAUACACCAGAAGCACGAGAGGACCAACAACGUAUGAAAGACCCCGACAAACUGCAUGAGAAAGAUAGAGGACUUUAUUACUCCAGCUACGCUCUUACAAAAGCAGAGAAGGAAAUCUUUUUUGAAUGUCUGAGCAGCAUCAAGGUCCCGUCUGGCUUCUCCUCCAAUAUAAAGGGAAUAAUAAAUAUGGCAGAGAAAAAAUUCCAGAACCUGAAGUCGCAUGACUGCCACGUGAUAAUGACGCAGUUGCUUCCGAUUGCAUUGAGGGGGCUUCUACCGGAAAAUGUUCGACUGCCCAUUGUGAAGCUAUGUGCAUUUCUCAAUGCAAUUUCUCAGAAGGUGAUAAAUCCAGAAAUUCUACCGAGGUUGCAGAAUGAUGUGGUCCAAUGUCUUGUUAGUUUUGAGCUGGUGUUCCCACCAUCCUUCUUCAAUAUUAUGACACAUCUCCUCGUUCACCUGGUCGAUGAGAUUUCCAUUCUCGGUCCUGUAUUUCUACACAAUAUGUUCCCCUUCGAGAGGUUCAUGGGAGUCUUAAAGAAAUAUGUUCAUAACCGUGCUAGGCCAGAAGGAAGCAUCUCCAAGGGCUAUGGAACAGAGGAGGUCAUUGAAUUCUGUGUUGACUUUAUUCCUGACCUUAAGCCGAUUGGUGUUCCUGAAUCGCGGCAUGAAGGGAGACUAAGUGGAAAAGGCACGCUAGGAAGGAAAUCAAUGAUAUGUAGGGACGGAAUUUCUUUGACUCAAGCGGCGGUCGGCAUUUUCUUACCUACAAAGACUUACCAUUGCCGUCCCGUCCCAGAUGACUUUGCUGUUGUGAUGGUGGAUGAAGUGAUGGCAGAUUAUGAGCAGAUGGUCCUUGAGCAACCAGCAGGUUCGAAGCCAAGCAUGCCACCUCCUCGUUUUAAGCCUCCUCCGCGUGAGAAUACUCCGCCGCCGUCUCCUCCGCGUGAGAAUACUCCGCCGCAGUCUCCUCCGCGUGAUGAUUCUCCUCUGCACGAUGAUGAUUCUCCUGUGCGUGAUGAUUGUCAUGUGCAUGAGCCGUCUCCUCAGGCUUCGCCGUCUCCUCAGGCUUCGCCGUCUCCUAAGCAAAAGAGGAAGAGUAGUACCGCGGCGUCAAGUAUUGAAGCGCGGGGAAGAUCAUCAGCUCCAAACAGACCAUCAGCUGCGAAGAGGGCCAAGACUCCACAGUUGUUACCAAAUCAGAUGACUGAUGAGCAAAAGGCGUUUCUUGCGCCGAAGAAGCCUCCAAAGGUUUUUAUAGCACCGCGUACAGUGAAGCACUUUGCCGAGACGAGACAAAAGAGAGCUGAGCUGAGAACUGAUUAUGACCGCUCUCUUGGACAGUCCCAUAGAGCGGCCAAAGCAGCGAAAAAUGUCCCCCUGCUUGGACAACAGGAAAAGCAGUCCAUACCACACUUCGUCGUGCAGCCCUACGAUGAUCCAGAGACGGUAUCGAUGAUCGAACGGGAGGCUAGAGCUUAA